CACGAGUUCCUUGCAGUGAGGAUUACAAGUCCCGUCAUUCAACGCGCGCUGUUGUUGCGCAUGCGCAAAUCAAUUUCGAAACCUCCUGUGCUGCUAGUCGAAAGUCAGAGGCAACUAUUUCACCCUAAUUCGUGCUUUUGCGUCUAGUGUGCAGAAAUGGCAGCUAGAUAUGACAGAGCUAUAACAGUUUUCUCUCCCGAUGGUCACUUGUUUCAGGUGGAAUAUGCUCAGGAAGCAGUAAAGAAGGGCUCCACAGCUGUUGGAAUCAGGGGGAAGGAUAUUGUUGUCCUGGGUGUUGAGAAGAAGUCCGUGGCAAAACUUCAGGAGGAGAGGACAGUCAGGAAGAUAUGCGCUCUAGAUGAGCAUGUGUGCAUGGCCUUCGCAGGUCUGACGGCAGAUGCCAGGAUUGUCAUCAACAGAGCGAGAGUAGAGUGCCAGAGCCACAGACUCACAGUGGAGGACCCGGUUACUGUGGAGUACAUCACCCGCUAUAUCGCCACACUCAAACAGCGCUACACUCAAAGCAACGGACGCCGUCCCUUUGGUAUCUCGGCUCUCAUUGUUGGCUUCGACUAUGACGGGACUCCACGUCUAUAUCAGACGGACCCCUCUGGAACAUACCAUGCAUGGAAGGCAAACGCUAUUGGGCGCAGCGCGAAGACGGUGAGGGAGUUUUUGGAAAAAAACUACACAGACGAAGCCAUCGCGAGUGAUAACGAUGCCAUCAAACUGGCCAUCAAAGCCUUACUAGAGGUUGUGCAAUCCGGGGGCAAGAACAUCGAGCUGGCUGUGAUCCAGAGAAACCAGCCCCUAAAGAUUCUGGAGUCCAAAGAGAUCGAGACGCUGGUCGCCGAAAUAGAGAAGGAGAAAGAGGAGGAGGCAGAGAAGAAAAAGCAGAAGAAGUCUUCGUAAAUCACUCAUGUGAAUGUGUAGUUUUGUUUAUACGGGCAGAAGCACUUGGCUCAGGCCCUCACUGUACCCUCUCCCUUCCUGCCUCUCAUCCGUUAACAGCACAGCCUCUCAGUCUUCUCAACCCACAGCAUGCAUGAAUAUGUUUUUGUUCCAGGAAAAUAUUUUUCGAAAGCAUUUUCAGGGUUGGGAGUUGCCGAGCGAGUCAUUUGUCGAGCACGUACUGUGGCCAGCUUGUCCUGGUCAGUUUUCACUCUUCUGUAAAGCUGCUCUCUACCACCACUGAGAAUUCUGGGGGAAUGUGCUCUGACUGAUGUUUCCUAAUAAACUGUUUUGGUUUGUA